AUGACAGACCAAGAAGCUGACGGGGAGCUCUACGCUCCCUCGGACAAGAGCGUUGUGCGCCAGCUGCGCGAGAACCCGUACAUCCUCGGAUUGGCAUCAUUCGCGUCUCUGGGAGGGUUUCUCUUCGGCUAUGACCAGGGCGUCGUCUCGGGCGUCUUGACCAUGGAGUCGUUCGCGGCAAAGUUCCCGCGCAUCUACCUGGACAGCAGCUUCAAGGGCUGGUUCGUGUCGACGCUCCUGCUGCUCGCCUGGUUCGGAUCGCUGGUCAACGGCCCCAUCGCAGACCGCGUUGGACGGAAAGGCUCGAUGCUGGUGGCCGUCGUCAUCUUCACCCUCGGCUCUGCUCUCCAAGCCGGCGCGAACUCGGUUGCCAUGAUUUUCGCAGGUCGCGCCGUUGCUGGGUUUGCGGUUGGAAUGCUCACCAUGAUCGUGCCCAUGUACAUGUCCGAAGUCUCAACACCAGCCAUCCGCGGCACCCUGGUCGUCUUGCAACAACUGAGCAUCACGCUGGGAAUCCUGAUCAGCUACUGGCUGGAAUACGGCACGCAGUACAUCGGAGGCGCGCGGUGCGACCCGCACAUUGCCUACACCGGCGGCUCAUCGUCCGAGCCCGAAUUCGACCCGCUCGCCGACGUCGGUCCCAGCGGCUGCACCGGCCAGAGCGAAGCAUCCUGGCGCGUCCCUCUGGCGCUGCAGAUCCUGCCCGCCCUCAUCCUGGGCGUGGGCAUGCUGUUCUACCCGGAAUCGCCGCGGUACCACCUCAUGCGCCAGGACGAGGACGCCGCCCUCUCGGCCCUCGCGCGCAUCCGCCGCGCGCACAUCGACUCGGACCUGCUGUGCCGCGAGUACCUGGCCAUCAAGGCCGAGGUGCUGUUCGAGGAGUCGUACGCGCGCGACAAGUACCCGGGCAAGACGGGCGUCGCCCUCUACCUGGCCCAAUACGCGUCGCUCGUGUCCAGCUGGCCGUCCUUCAAGCGCCUCGCCGUCGGCUGCUGCGUCAUGUUCUUCCAGCAGUUCAUGGGCUGCAACGCCAUCAUCUACUACGCGCCCACCAUCUUCGCGCAGCUGGGCCUGUCGGGCAAGACGACGUCGCUGCUCGCCACGGGCGUCUACGGCAUCGUCAACACCCUGUCCACCCUCCCCGCGCUCUUCCUCAUCGACAAGGUCGGCCGCCGGCCCUUGCUCAUGUGCGGCGCGGCCGGCACCUUCGUCUCGCUCGUCAUCGUCGGCGGCAUCAUCGGCGGCUACGGCUCCUCGCUCGUCGAGCACAAGGCCGCGGGCUGGGCCGGCAUCGCCUUCGUCUACAUCUACGACGUCAACUUCUCGUACUCGUUCGCGCCCAUCGGCUGGGUGCUGCCGAGCGAGAUCUUCACGCUCGGCAACCGCAGCAAGGCCAUGAGCAUCACGACCAGCGCGACGUGGAUGUGCAAUUUCAUCAUCGGCCUCGUCACGCCGGACAUGUUGGAGACGAUCGGCUGGGGCACGUACAUCUUCUUCGCCGCCUUCUGCCUGCUCGCGCUGGCCUUUACGUACUUCUUCGUGCCUGAGACGCGCGGGAAGAGUCUGGAGGAUAUGGACGUCGUGUUUGGCGAUACUGCGGCCCAUGAGGAGAAGGCGAGGUUGUUCAAUAUCGCGGCUGAGCUGGGCAUUGUGGAGACGGUGGCGGGUGACUCGGGGAAGGCGGGGGCGAGUAGGAUUGUUGCUGGGGAGGAAGCGUAG